AAUUAAAUCAAAUGGUAAAAGUUGAUCAACAAGAAAACACUCAUGUCCAUAGACGACAAUUAAACUAAUCAAUUAGAUUGUCAUUUAUAAUCAAUUUUAUAACUUUCUAAUCAACUUUAGAUUAAAUUGUAAAUCUGUUCCAAUUGGUUCCAAUUUAAAUUGUUCAAAAAUGGAUAUUACAGUUUCUUUGAUUGUUGUUAUUUGUUUACUAAAUCAACUGGUUCCCAUUUUAACAUAUGACAAAUUAAAUUGCAGUUGUGGGAUUGAAGGAAUUGACGCUAAAAUUGUUAACGGUAAAGAAGCGAUUCCGAACAAUUAUCGUUGGAUCGCCGCGAUUUCUGAUCGUAACUUACAAAAUGUUUUCUGUGGUGGAACGUUGAUCAACAAUCGAUACAUUUUGACCGCUGGUCAUUGUUUCAAUGAUGUUGAUCAGUCGACCAUCCGAAUCAUUUUGGGUGCUCAUGAUUUAGCCAAGAUUGAAAAUGUUACCGUUUAUGUGCCCGAUAAGGUGAUUGUCCAUGAAAAGUACCAACCGAAUUCAGCUGAUCAAAAGUUUGACAUCGCUCUGAUACGAUUGAAAAGAAAUGUGACCUUUACUCAGAACAUUGGACCUGCUUGUUUACCUCCUCGAAACAUGAGGCGAACCUUUGACUCUUUAAAGGUUAUCGGUUGGGGUGCACUCGGUGAAGGGAAAGAAACAUCAACGCGUUUGAUGGAGGUAAUUGUGAAAGAAAGGCCAUUACAAACGUGCCAAAAGCUUCUCAGUUUUUCUCGAAUUACUGAAGAUCAUAUUUGUGCCGGUGAUUCAAAGUAUGACUCGUGUUCAGGAGAUUCUGGUGGACCUUUGAUGACCAAGAUACGAGGACGUGUUUACGUUGUCGGUGUUGUUUCCUGGGGCGUUGAAUGUGCUCACAAAAAUUACCCUGGAGUUUAUUCCCGAGUCUCUUCAUACGGAAUGUGGAUCUAUGAGAACUCACGAGAAGCCCUUUAUUGUAACAACAAGAUGGUUUAACUAAUUGUCUGGGUGAUUAAUCGACUUAAAUUAUAUAUUUAUUGUAUUACAUCAACUGUUUCCAUUUCUCAUUUAACUAAUUAAAAUUCUGGUGAUUCUCAUGAUAAAA